UUUUUUUACGUUAGGAUAAAACAUUAAGGCUUUUUUGCACUUUAGUAAAGGGCAGUGCUUGGAUUACGAAGCAGAACUGUCGUGUUCAGGGUUUCUUAACCUGAUAUUCUUCAAUAAGCCAUAAAAUGCAGCCACCGAGCGCCAUUGGUCGCCUUUUUUACGUUUUCUGCCGCCGUCCGUGCAGAGCCCGGCGUCCUCAUUUAACGAUUACAAACAUCCACCCAGCAGCAGGACUGCUUAGUGAGAAUCAGUCGAGGUCAGUGAUGCUUCAUCAUCAGGACCAGCCUCUGAACUCUGCCUACGGAGGCUCCAACAAUAGUUCCUCAUUCCAAAACAGGAAGUGUGACAAAGACGGCAACUUCAACUUCCUGCCGGGCAAGGAUGAUGAGGGCUACACAGGCAAUGGAGAAGGAGGAGGCAGCAGCGGAGGCGAAGGAGGAGAUGAGAACCGAAAUCAGGUGCGUCCCCGUAACUUGGGCCCGUUGGGGCAUGACCCUCAGAACUCAGGGGUUCUGUCACCACGCUCCCGCCUGGCCUGCUGGAGCCGCCUUGAGCCUCUGCCUGAAAUCGAGAGUGGGGAUGAUGGUUAUGGUCGAGUGCCCCCUGAUGGAGCAGAGGAAAGGAGGAUGGAGGAAGAGGAGGGAAGGAUGAUGAUGAGCCAGGAUGAUGAAAAGCAGAGAGAGAAGAGGGAGAAGCAGAGGAGGAAGGGCAGCACAGAGUUCAGAGGAAGGCAGGAAGAGGAUUAUGAUGCAAUGCUGGACAACGGCGACGAAUGGGGAGACAGCGACUCAGAGUCUGAGUACAGCUACCGGUCUGGCGGCAGCAUGUCCUCCCUCAACAUGGAAAGUGGAGGAGAUGGGAUGCUCAUGGGAGGCUGGGACCGCAUCGGAGUCGGGGAGCCAAAAUCGAACCAGGAGGAAAGUGGUCCAGCAGGAAACAGAGAACCAGCUGCAAGACAAAGAAGCUUCAGCCGCAAGUCCCUCACAAAAACCACCCUGGGAAAUCUGGAGGAAGGAGUAGAAGACCAAGAUGAUGAUGAUGAUCAGUCCUCAGACUCAGACGGUGAGAUGCCAGAGCUGAUGGACACCGUGUGGACGCUGCGGGACCGUGAGCGCUUCAAGGCUCAGGAGAUGGAGAAACACCAGGUGCAGCUGACCAUGUACCGCCGCCUGGCGCUGAUCCGCUGGGUCCGCACCCUUCAGGGCCGUGUGCAGGAGCAGCAGAACCGCCUGCAGUCCAGCUUUGACGUCAUCCUCACUCACAGGAAGGAGCUGCUGCGAAUGGGCGCUGCCACUGCCAUAGCCAACACCGCUCCUGCCGCUGCUGUCAGCCAAUCGUGAGAAGGGAUGAGAGAAGCUGAAACAGGUGGUUAAAAACUGCACAUUUGCUCAGAUAUUUCCCCUGGAAAAAGGGCAAUUUCCCAUCAU